AAUGACAAAUAAGGAUCCCUGUGACGUAUUUAUUAAUCAUCGGGGACCUGACGUCAAACACAAACUUGCGAGCAAUAUCUACGAUGCUCUUGAGGCCACUGGAUUACGCCCUUUUCUUGAUGCAGAAAGGCUUGAAUCAGACGUGGUCAUACAAUCAGCAAUACAAGAGGCUAUGACUAGUGCUUCUCUUCAUAUUGCUAUUUUAUCCCACAACUAUGCUCAGUCAUCCUGGUGUUUGGAUGAGUUGUUAUUUAUGCUCAAAACUGGCACCAAAAUCAUUCCUAUAUUCUAUCACGUGGAGCCUUCAGACGCCCGAUGGGUUAUUCAAGGUAAAGGAAUCUAUGCUGAUGCAUUUUCUGAGCAUGAAAAGAAGGGAAGAUUUAGUCCCGAGAAGAUCGAGGAGUGGAAAAGGGCGCUUCAUGACAUUUCGUUUCUCUCCGGCCAUGUAGUUAAUGACAACAUGGCUGAAGGGAGGCUGCUAAAGAGUAUUUGUAACGAGGCACUGCAGACCAGGGAUAGAUUUCCCAAGAAAAUAGCCAAAUUUCUAAGGAGAACGGGCGAAUACAUGUCUGAUCUGUUGGAUGAUAUAGAUGAAGAAUAUGAAGAUUCUGAGCAGGACGUUGAAGAGUCUGCUAGAGAACGCUCACAUGAAAUUAGUUCAUCAAUGGUUGAUAGAGUUGGAGAUUCUCUAAGUAAGUGCUUAAAGAGGAUUGAAGUUUCUGUGAAUGUGUGCUUAGAUAGGGUUGCAACUAAAUGCGUAGAAAAGGUUGAAGGUUCUGUAACUAAAUGCGUAGAUGGGGUUGAAGGGUUUGUGAAUGUGUACUUAGAUAAAUUUGAUAAAAUCUGGAGAUGAGCCCAUCGAAAGGUAUUUAAAGAGGGAACUCAGAUGGUUCAUCCAAGGUUAGUCUCAGCGACUUAAUAACAAGGGCUAUAUUGCAGUGUAGUUCCUGUCAAGUAUGAUAGGACAAUUUUGUUGGGGGCUUCACCAUGAAAUGUGUGGAUGUAUGGAGUAGCUAUUCUAUGUAAAAGAUGCCUAAAGUAAUUGUAAUAACUGCAUGUGUUCAGUGCAGAGGCUCAAAUUUCCAAA